UUUUGAGUUGGAUGCUUCAACACUUUUUACUAAAGUUACAUUUCAUAAAUUCAGUUUUACUCUUUCUUAUUUUAAAUUCUUUUGAGUCUAAAGCUUCCCUCCAAACUUCUAGUUUAUGAUUAAGUCUUUUAUUACUUUGCUUCUAUUCCUGUGACGGCAGUUAGUAGUAGCUUACGUAGCCUAGUAAGUAAGGUUUUGAUCUGUUCCUGCAAUGCUUCAAACAUUACAAUCGUUGCAUAUUUGCCCCUGUGACCAUGAUUUCACUUUUUCCUAUUGUAAACGUGUUUUUUGCAACGCAAAUACUCAAAUCACGAAACAACAAGCAGGGCCAACUAAAUAAGUUUUGAUACCACUUUGCUGCAAAUAUUGAGGGUUUAUAUUCAUAAGAUACAAACAAACAGAAACCUUAUUAUGGCACCAUCCAGAUUUGAAAAUUAGCAAGAACCAAUGGCUUUUGCUUGCCUGUCGCAUGUAUAGCUGUGACAGAGGGCUGCGAGGUUGACUCCUAGAAACCCAAGUCUCCAAAUCUUUAGAACAAGCCGUAGUUCUUGACGCAAUUCUUCUCGACUCUUCAAAAUUUCAUAGGGAGAGACUCAUGGCAUCUAUUUAUACCAACUCGAAUGCUUCCAUCCAAAGAGCUGCAUAAUUCCCACAACUUGACCUUUGUUACAAAAGCACCCCUAAACCUGAUUUUAAUCAACUCACCAAAGGCACACAUAGUAGUACCUCUCUAGUCUCUACGUGUAUACUUAGUUUGUAUCAACUAGGGUAAUGAAGACUUUCCACAAUAGUUUUGUUGGUUUUGUUGCAUUUUUCCAAUGAUAUGCUACAACAGCAAGAUAUUUUUUUCUGAUUCCUUUGAUCUUCUGUUUCCUCAGCUUAUGGUGUUGAUAUGUUGAAUACAAUUGGCUACAUAUAUGCAAGACAGGCAGCUAAAGAGCUUGGGAAGAAGGCGAUAUAUUUGGGUGUGCCAUUUAUUGCUGAGUGGUUCAGAAAUAAAGGUCAUUUCAUUAAAUCCCAAGUUACAGCAGCAACAGGUGCAAUUGCUUUGAUACAACUGCAAGAGGAUAUGAAACGUCAGCUCAGUGCCGAAGGAAACUAUACCGAAGAAGAACUUGAGGAAUACAUGCAGUCUCACAAGAAGCUAAUGAUUGAUUCCCUAUGGAAGCUUAAUGUAGCUGAUAUUGAAGCCACCCUUUCCCGUGUUUGUCAGAUGGUUCUUCAAGACAACAAUGCAAAAAAGGAAGAGUUACGUGCGCGAGCGAAGGGGUUGAAAACUCUUGGCAAAAUUUUUCAGAGAGUUAAGUCAGCCAAUGGGACUGAAAGUGAAAUUCUGCCGAACAGUCCUGUCCAUAAACUGGAUGGAAGUGAAUCCAGUUAUGAUGCUUGUUCUCUGAAUACAUCAGCAAAAUCUUCGAACACUGAAGAGACUUCAUACACUGCAUUUGCAUUACAGAGCCCGUAUGUGGAAGCUCCCCAAUUUGCAGGACCUCAAUUCAACUAUAACUUCCCCAUACCAACAGCACCACCUGGUGCUCAGAAACAUGGUUAA